AUGACGGGGACGGUAACGAAGACGUCGAAGACGACGAGGGUGAUGAAGACGACGAAGACUACGAAAACGACGAAAACGACAAAGACCAUCAUCAAGACGAAGAUAGUGACGAAGAAGCUGAGAACGAGGCAGAAGACGGCGCAGAAGACAGCCGUGACGAUGCCGCAAAAGACGGCACAGACGACGGUGCCUGACGAUGAUCAUGACAAAGCCGAUCAUCACGACGAAGAUUGCGACCAAGACGAGAACCAAGAUCUGGGCGACAUAAAAGACCAACAGAACGGCAUUUCUACGUCAACCAUGGCACAAUUCCACGAUCUCCCAGCAGAGUUGGUGAUCCUCAUUGCCCGAUCCUUCAACACCGAUGACGUCAGUCACCUCAGCUCUCUCACCCAGGUCUGCCGCAGCAUUCGCGCUCUCACUCUCGGGAUCUUCUACGAAAAGGCAAAUCAGCUUCACCCCUACCUGCUAUACUGGGCCACGACAUUUGGAAAAAUCAACGUCAUGAAGGGCGCGCUCGAGGCCGGAGCAAAACCAAACCGCUCUUACUUCCACCUCGAUAGCUGUCAUGGCUGGCAGAUGGACCCGAACAAUUACAGUCCAGUUGAGGUGUUCCACUGCAUCCAGAAGGAAGCUCGAAUCGAAUACUACGACUCAGCGGGGUUCAAACAUUCCUUCGUAUACCAGUGUAUUGGGGUUCGGGGCGUGAAGUUCAAGCUUCAAUCCUACAAACACAGCAACGAAGUGGAUGAGGAAGAGAGGGAGCUGAUGUAUCGAAGAGGCUACAAGUUCAAAGACGAUAUGAAUCCGGGAGUUACCUUCCCAAUCCAUAUGGCAGUCAAGUCCAAAAACUCCCAUGCGUUCGACCUCCUCAUCAAAUAUGGCGCCCGGCUUGACUUCCCUGGCCAUGGCCUGUGCUCAUAUCACGUCGGCAUGUCCGGUGUCUGGAAGACCAUUGACAAAUGCCCCGGCUCUUUCACAGCGCUUCAUUUGGCGGUCAAUGCCGCCAGAUACCAGCUCAACAGGGAAGACGAAUGGUCUUGCAAGGCACCACUUGGCGACAACGUGACGGAAAGUGUCAGAAACGAAAUGGAGGAGUGGUGCAUCAAGAUUCUCAAUGUUCCACACCACAAGGGCGAGAGCUAUUACGCGAAGUCGAUAAGAAAGGCCUGCAAGGACGAGUCCACCCUAGGGGACAUGAUUUGCAGCGACCUGCCAAAGGCUGCGAAGGUGCUUCUCGAGAAAGGCUUCGCCGAUGUCCACGAUGCGGUCUACGUACACUGGGUCGUGUGGGAUACCUGGAGUUUUGGGGAAAUUUUCAAGGCGAGGCAUCUGUUGCGGACUCGGCUCUCCAAGAAAUCACAGCCAAAGGUUCACACACCACUGGACCUCGGCAAAUUUCUCCUCGACCAAAAGUCCACGAUGGGUAAAUACGAUCGCAACGCCAAAUCGCAGCCGAAACAUGGGAAAUCCUCCGACAGCGGUGCAUCGAAGGCGCCAGCCCCGUUACCUCGCAAUCACCCGGGCUGGACCGGACCCGGCUACCUCCACAAGAAGAAGAAGCCCCAGCACCCGUCCGCAGCACCGGGGGCUUCAGCAGAGCCCCGGAGGCUGGAUCACGUCCUCCCGGUGGGGGCGGAGCAGCUGAUGAUCAACGUCUUCCGCGCCGCCUUCCCCGCGUGCAACGACUUUGAGGCCCUGAAGCCCACGCUGCAGGAGAUCAAGGACGCGCUUUUCCGGAGGGACUUUGACGCGGCCUUUGGGAAGGCGGAAUUCCUGGAGGCGUAUGCGAUCCGUUGGAGCCCCAGCCGGGCGCUGGCGUACGCGCAGCUCAUGGCUUGGAUCUGUGAGGAGAGGGCUGAGGACGCUUGCGUUCAGCGGUUGAUUGGUGGUGGCGGCGAGGAUGAGCGGGAGACGGCCAAAGUGGUUUGUUUCGGGGGCGGUGCAGCUGAGAUCAUGGCUUUCUCGGGUCUUUUGCGUCAUCUGCAGCCGUCGGUCGCAGCCGGCAGGCCCGGGUCACCUCCAAGUCUUGAGGACGCCUCGAAAGACCUGCAAGCUUUAUCACUUUCAGAGUGUGAACCGUCAUCAAUGCUCCUCCAUCUUGAACUGAUCGACACCGCGGACUGGUCUUCUGUGCUCUCGAAGCUACAUGAGUGUCUCGAGACCCCUCCGACGCUCUCCAAGUACGCCAGCGCCGCGGCUCGCGCAUCAAACGCCUCGUUCCUCUCGCCCGGGGCUGUCCGCCAUACGUUCACGCGCGCCGACGUGCUGAGCUACAGCACAGAAGACCUUCGCGCGGCCAUCGGUCCCGAUCCCGCGCUGCUCACGCUCCUCUUCACCCUGAACGAGCUUUACACGGCCUCCAAGUCACAAACGACCUCUUUCCUGCUCAGGGUGACGGAGGCUGCUCCCGAGGGGAGCUUGUUACUGGUGGUAGAUAGUCCUGGGUCGUACUCCGAGACGGCUGUUGGUACUACCAAGGAAGGGGAAGAGAAGAAGAAGUAUCCGAUGAGUUGGCUCAUGGACUACACCCUGAUGCCGAAACCGAAAAAGAGGGCGGCGGCGGAUGGUGUUCGUGAAGGUAGGGAAGAGGAGCCGGCUCCUGCGUGGGAAAAGGUUAUUUCGGAGGAUAGCGUGUGGUACCGGUUGGAACAGGAUCUGGAGUAUCCCGUCAGCCUAGAGAACAUGAGGUUCCAGGUCCACGUAUUCAAACGUAUAUAA